AUGCACGCCGGCACGCUGCCUGCUUCUGCCACCGCUCGUGCUUUGCCUUUGUUGCCUGCCUUUUCUGCGUCCGCUGCUCCCGCUGCUUCCGCACCUGCCCUUCUUCCGACCGAUCUUUCAUCCUGUCCUCUGACCCUUCGCGGGGAUCCAGAGGGCGCUCGGGCCCUCUUUGGGUCCGGGCCAGACGACCGCGGUCCACCGACUUCGGACCCGGCGUCUUUCCGUCCACCGCGCCCCGAUUCUUACGGGCCGGUGGCUGGCCGCGGUGGAGCUCCGCUCCCAGACGUGCCCAUGAGCGAGCACCCAGAUGCGCCCCAUGCUUCCGUCGCAACGAUUGACGCGGCGGAUCCUGGUGGUGCUGCCCCCGCCACCGAUAACGGCGGGAGGCUUACUGGACCCUGUGCUGUCAGGGCCCUGGUCGAUGAAGCUAUCGGGUCGGACGCAUCCGCGCGCAUCGCCGCCGAUAUUUUGGCGAUCGCGCAAGGUGUGACCAACACCCAAGCCGACCUCGACAUACUGAGGAACGGGGUCUCGGAUGUCACCGAAGUGCUUGAAAACAAGAUCCGAGACAUGUGGGAGCUUCUUCAGGGUGCACUGAGGGAUGAGCAUCAGCUUCUUACUCAUGUGCAGGACUCGAUCCGCGAAAAGCGAAUUUCCGAUCUCGAGUCCCUUGACGAGCGCUUCGAGAGGCUCAACUCGAUGAUAAACGAUCGAUUCAUCGAGUUCGAUGAGCGGAUCCAUCAAUUCAAUGAGAAGCGCGCAGGAUCGCUAUCCAUGCAGCUUGCCGAGACGAACUGCCACAUCAGGCAGUACCCAGACGCGCUACGGCAAAUACAGAUUAAUAUCUCUAAUGCUGAAGCGCGUAUCGCUGCGGUUGAACAGCACGCUACUCACCGCAUCGAAGUCAUUAGAUCUGAGAUGAGUCGUGCUCUCUACGAUCAUAAGGAGAGUAACCGAACUCUUAUCGAUCAACUUACUGCCCGUGUUCAGUAUCUCGAGAGCGCCCACGUCCGCAGACAAGGUUCUGAUAAAUCGACGCCUUCGCGACGAGAACGAACGCAGUUCUUCGAUAUCAGUGACCAUGAUGGGGAAAUCCCACGCCCUGCGGACUUGCCACCAGUUCCUGGUGCACUAUUCCCUGGCGAGCUCAGCAAGGAGUCGCUGACGAACAUCUUGGCGAAAGUCGUGGGCAAAAUAAUCCUGUGGAGCCUGUUCGACAAAAUUAUGGCCAAACGUCAGCCUCUUUUUCGGGAAGAUCGCCGAAUCCGGCCGUUCCUCCCGCAAAUGCCGCUGGAUCGACAUCGCUUCCGGCUCGACCCCGAGCCCGAACCCGCUCAGCUGCGACGCUGGAUCGUCGAUAUGAAGGAGAUGAAGGAGCGAGUUGCCAAUGCAUUCGCAUACGAUCCCGGCUACGCUCUCUCCUGGGUUGAGAUUCCCGAUGGUACCCGAUACGAGGACCUUCUGGAAGAAUGCAAGUACGGAAUGCUCGAGAACGAAUGCAAUUCGGCCUUCCGUGAGUGCGUUAAAUCCAUUGCAUUGAAGAACAAGAUUCAGACCGAAACCGAGCGCAUGCACACGAUUAAUCGUCAAAGAGAUGAAGUCGUACUCGGCGAUGGUGAGGAGUAUGCAGUUCCUGCACCUGGAGAUGACGGACUGAUUGACGUCGAGGUUGGUUUCGAUGAUGAUGGAUUUCUCGAACGGAUCGAUGACGGAGGCGAUGAUCAGUCCGGAUCCUUCCAGGGCGCAGAAGUUGACCAACGACUUCCGUCCUAUCAGCGCCCCAGCAAAUUCUCUCCCACGAGUAAACCUGGUAUAUUUCUUGGAUACCAUUUCGAGAAUGGGGGUAAGUGGGAUGGUGACUAUAUCGUCGCGGAUCUUGAAGACUUCAAGCGCGAUGCUACGCGUGCGAGUGUCCAUCAGGUUAAGAAAGUGUAUUGCUCACCAAAGGAACGAUGGACCUUUCCAAUGCUGGCGGUGUACGAUAAACAAACCCGCUCAGUAUGCAUCAAUGAUCCUGCGAUGCAGUCUACCGUACCAAAGCCGAGUGAGCGCCUGGAUGCUUCCGACAUGCUCGAGCUCGAAGAUAUCGAUGAAAUAUUCGCCCUCGACGAUUCGACUCGAAUGACUGAUGAAGAUAUUCAGCGGGCUCGUGAGGCCGAGUUGCGGGUCGAAUCCUCUCAUGGAGGAGGGGUCGAUUACUGGGAACAUGAUCCAUCCACGCACAAAUGGACGUAUCACGUCGUGGUACCGAGAAAGGCGAUGGUUCAUCCCAGUAAGACUCCCGGAUCUAUUGGCGAAUCGCCUGACCCGUGGAAGUUGAGCACAGUGCGCAUCUCGCAUGUUCAGUACAAGGACAAACUGAUGCAGCUCUGGACCGGCACUGUUGAGUUCUUCGAUGACGGUUUUGCCCCACCCAAGAAGAAGCUGCCUCCUUAUCAUGGGUCAGAGAUCCUGUCAUGGCGAAGCAUGAAUCGCGCUGAGCGGGAGGGUUACGUUGAGGCUGAACGCCGUGAGGCUGAGUCUCAUGCCAUGUCACGAGAGGACUCUCGCGACGCUGCUCCCGUUGAUAUCGCCUUCGACUCUGACUACGAGUCCAGUGCCGAACGGCACGACAAAGACUACUGGUAUCACGAUGUCGCAGCUGGCACUGUCACUCGAUUCCAUGUGAUCGAGCGCCCAGCGCGAUUUAACCCAACCUCAGUCAAAGACUGUCCAGUCGAUCCAGCGACCCUAACCGAUGUACGGGUAACUAUGGCUAUGACGGACGGCACGGAGUUUACGAUACAAGACGCCUGGAGGGCGCACGAUACGCGUUCUCUGCCGUGUCGAUGGACGGGGAAGACCAUCUUCGUCAUUGGUUCCUCUGCCAAAACGCAGGUCAAAGUUCGUACCACCAUGCCGAGUAAGGAUGGUACUGAACGACGUGUGCAGACUGCCAAUGGAUAUUAUGGUCAUGUGCUGCGAGCGAAGGUACGAACUACCAUUCCUGCCAAGUCCCGCGCUUGUGUUGUUACGGAUCUUGAAUUCGAUCCGCCAAGCGGUAUGUCCGCCCGAGUUCAGCCCCUCCGUGGAAGUGGCCUCGAAAAAAGUCCGGCCAUGUGCACCUACAACGAGGGUGCAACCCAAUCGGGUGUUGACGUUAUUAAUCCUACUGACUCCGAUAUUCUUAUCGAGUCCGGACAGGAUGUUGCGGUAGUUCAGUUCUACACUUCCGUGUUGGCCGCGGUGGAACUCGAUUUCACCGCGGAAGAUGAAGCGGGUACUUCUGCUCCAGCUGAACCGUCCGAUAUUGGUCUCACAGCUGAUUCCGUGCCUGCGAUGCCUACACGAUCUGAAUCUCGUUCCUCGGUGUUCUUCUACAGUGCAUGUGUCGCACGGCCCGUUGAUCGAAAGGGGUGGGAGCUCAUGGCUUCGAAGAUCAAAUUGGAGCCACCCUCGAGCAUUAAGAGCUAUCUGGGAUGCGAGCAUGAGCCCAAGAAGGCUUUUCCCGAGCUCACCUUUGGCGAUCGAAACACUAGUGUCGCGCAGGGCUCCACCGGUCCUCGCGAAAUCCGGAUGAUUAAAUACGAUAUGCGAUCGUUCAUGGAGCAAUGUGUUUCUCGAUAUGUUGAGCUGUGUGGUCCCAAAUACAAAGCCACCUUACGAUCGGCGGAUACGCCAUUCCUCGAUGAGUCACGACCGGAAUUCGAUGUCAAUCCGGAUCGUCCCGCCGUGAACCGCCUACUGGGCCAUCCCACCGAUACGCCUGUGCCACCUGGAAAGGGUGUUUUGGGCGAUUGUGCUGCCGCUGUGCUGAUGAAAAUACUGUAUGGUGCUCGCAUGGGACGUUACAAUCUUAUUCGUCCCGUGCAGGCUCUUGCCAGUCUCAUCACCAAGUGGGAUGGCUUAUGCGAUACGAAGCUCCAUCGAUUGGUGUGUUACAUCAAUUCGACUCUCGAUCUCAACUUGUACGGUUGGAUUGGCGAUGCACCUGAGAUGUUGGAGCUUGUGCUCUAUUGCGAUGCGGAUCUUGCCGGUGAUCGCACUGAUUCAAAGAGCACAUCUGGGGUGUUCAUGUGUCUUCUUGGUCCUCGUAGCUUUAUGCCCCUUAAUGCCUUGUCCAAGAAACAAACUUCUGUCUCGAAGUCUACCCCAGAGGCCGAGAUUGUCUCUCUUGACCAUGCGGUUUAUAAAUUGGGCCUAGCUGCUCUUUCUAUGUGGGAGUAUAUGUUGGGCCGUCGAUUUCGCUUGCGGGUCAUGGAGGACAAUGAGGCUGCCAUCCGAGUCAUUAUCACUGGUCACAACCCCAACAUGCGUCACAUGUCUCGUACCCAGCGUAUCGAUAUUUCUGCGCUGAAUGAGCGCUACCACGCUGGUGAUUUUCUGUUUGUGACUUGUCCCUCUCAGUUUGAGGCCGGUGAUAUCCUGACAAAGGCCUGUACUGAUGCGAAAGUGAUGACCGCACUCGCAUUCUCCCGAGUGGCAGUGCUGUCAGGUGACGCCGCAGGUGCCCGCGAGAAAAUGGGCCUUGUGAUUUCCCUUGUGCGUCACUGCAUGCACUUCCAGGCGCAAAGCAUGAAGGGCUCCCGAGAGAUGCUGAGCUACGAUACGCUCCGUCUCAUGGGGGACCGAUAUAUCCCGUCGCCUCUCGCGAGCUGGAACCGAAACCUCAUCGGUUACAGCAGCAAGUCUGCCGAGCAACGAUGGUUGAGAACCGAUACUAGCCUCAGCCACAACGACGUUGCCGGCUUCAAUGCAUCUGAGCUGGUCAGGGAUGCGGUCAAUCAGGCCGAAGCUGUGAAGUUCUUCAAGGGGUUUCUGCAGCUUCGACCGACGCUGACCUUCCUCCCGGGAUCCUUCCUAGCGAUCAAGGCUCUCAACCGAUUCCCCACGCUUGCCUCUCUGGAGGAACAGGCGAUGCAUCUCGAGAACGAUCGAAGGGAACACGGCUACGAUCUCCCGGCCGUAGAUGCAAACGGAAUUGGGGAAGUGGCCGCAUUCCGUGACGAGGGUAACGAUGAUAACACCCCGUUGAUGCGCGGAUGGGCCUCAUACAUGAAGACCUACCCUGGGCGAUGUGUCAGCAUCCACGAUACGCUCAACUGGGGAGCCAGCACCGGCAUGACUUACGAAGACGGAGCUGGACAAACGGUUAUCCACCCCACCGACGGAUGGACAUAUGUCCCGGCGAUGAAUUCGGACAUUUACAAUCCGCAGGACACGGUUCUCCACGGAACCAAUCUCCGAUACCUCUGGUCGAUCCUUGCACACGGAGGUCUCUUCGGAGAGGACUACGUGACCGAUUAUAAGCUCAACGCCCUUAUGCCGCUGAACGGCUUUAUAGAAAUGAACGGCCUUAUGGCAGUGUCUUUCAGAAGUCACGGUUUCAUUCCAAAAGUUCUGUGCUCCUGA